AUGGCUAGUCGACGAACGGGAUCAUAUGGUUAUCAACAAACAGAAGGACUUUCAGGCGCUGAAUAUUUGGCUUCUAUUUAUGGUACUGAAAAAGAUAAAGUUAAUUGUUCAUUCUACUUUAAGAUUGGUGCCUGUCGUCACGGUGAUAAGUGCUCACGAACUCAUCAUCGACCAACAUUUUCGCCAACCGUUUUACUUCAAAAUUUUUACCACAAUCCGAUUGUUGACGUGCGUCAGGCAGAUGCUUUCGACAAGGUUGGGAAGAAGAAUGACGAGGAGCAAGCUUAUUUUGAUGAGUUCUAUGAAGAAGUGUUCACUGAACUGGAAAAGAAGUAUGGUGAAAUAGAUGAGAUGAAUGUUUGUGAAAAUAUCGGUGAACAUAUGAUCGGCAAUGUUUAUGUGAAAUUCUUGCGGGAAGAAGAUGCUGAAAAAGCUGUGAAGGAUCUAGAAAAUCGAUGGUUUAACGGACAACCAAUAUACGCAGAGCUCUCACCAGUGACAGACUUUCGAGAAUCGCGUUGCCGUCAACAUGAAGUGACCACUUGUUAUAAGGGUGGAUUUUGCAAUUUUAUGCAUCUGAAAGCAAUCAGUCCGGAGCUGGGAGAAAGGCUUUUUGGACGCAGAGGUCGUUAUGCAGAUGAAGCAGGGCACUAUCCAAGCGCAAAACGCGAUCGUCGACGCGAACGUUCACCGCGCGAUCGGUCUCGUGACGAUUGGCGUGAGAGGGUACGUAGUCGACGAUAUUAA